AUGUUGCUUGGAAAGAGACAACGACCACCGAUUAACAGAACCACGAGUCUGUCGGAGAUAACUUUCGAUCUUAACCUUCCCGGAGAAUCAGAAGUUUCAGCACAGCAACAGAAUCCCAUGGUGAGUCCGUACGGUUCCAACGGUCAACUCAGAGCAGCAGCCGUAGAUCAACAACGUGGGUUGUUAGAUCAACGGGGAGAUACGGCCUUUUGUAGCUUAGACUGCAGGCAAGAGCAAAUGGCACAAGACGAGAGGAAAGAGAAAGGUAAGGCGGCGAAAGAAUCGGCGGUGGCGGCCACCGCGAAAGCCGGCAAAGGAGGAAGAGCUGCAGCCGCCGUGUAA